UCUAGCAGAGUAUGAUAUAUCCUAAGCAAAAGCUACGUAAAAAGAGAUGAAUUUGUUGACUUGGUUGAAGCCAGCGAGCCUUUUUCGCCUAAGGUGGGGUAUAAACGGUCAGAAAUGAACGUUGUCUACCCGUGACUAGGCUCACCAACGAAUCAUAAUCUCCCACGUGGCAUCUCCCUCAGCUCUCCCACUAAAAUCGAAGCUUAUAUAAAUAAGACCGCUAGGAUCGGGACUAACCAUUCCCACCUUCCAACGUAUGGAAAACAAAAAGGAGAAUAAUGCCUGGAAGGCUGUUCCUCAAUUCGGAGGGUGGGAUCAUAAGACCGGAGGAAACACUAAUUAUUCUAUGGUUUUUUCGCAAGCUCGAGCAAAUCGGAAGCAGCAUAAAUCCGACUUCAAUCGGGGCAGCCUUGGAAAUGAAGAGGAGCUUAUUCCAAAACACCACCACCACCUCGUUGCGGGACAUCACCACCAAGUUGAUUCACCAUCGAGGAGAAAGAAGUUUCUCAGCUAUUUCAAUUGUUGUAUAAAGGCUUGAAUUCUCUAUAAUUCGAUCGAUCCGCUCCGUCCAUUUCUGCUGAUUUGGUGCCUACAAUGCUACUAACUUGAAGAUUGAAAAUUUCGUGAUUUAUUGUUGUCCUUGUAAAUCAAUAUUGCGAAAUUGAUAAAUGUUUCCAUAGUCUAUGAUCGACUUGCAAUAUGCUUACUUGAGAUUCUUUAUUUGUUAUGAUGUUUUAGUGCUAUUUAAUAAGAAAAGACCAAUUAAAUGUGCU